AUGUUACUGCUAAAUUGUAAAGAAAAGUGGUCUUCUCCCAGUACUUCACUGUUUUCUACAGUUAAGGUACAGGAUGUUUUUAAAUUAUUAUUUUUUUUGGUAUACAUUAUAAUUACUGUCAUGGUAAAACUUACAGUUGACCUACCUAAUUAAAAUGAAAACAUUUACAGUAGUGAUGCAUUACCACUUUAGGAUAAUUCAAAGAAACUACAGUCUGGUGCUGCAACUGUGAGACAAGUCAGCGACACUGAAGGUUUGUUUAAAACUCUCAUCAAUAAUAAAUUCCUGCAUUAAGCACCUUCAUGUAUAAGCUCCUCCAAAUAUAAGUCCCUAAAAACUUAAUGUAACGCAAAAAGACCUUAAUUAAUGUCUCUGCUCCUUUAUGAUGCAUGCUAAACGCGAAGUGACUUAAUUAUAGAACAAAUAAUGAUAAGUUGGCGAUAAUGGGGGAGCACUGCCUUGCGCUAGGUUAGCCUGUGCGACUUCCGGCGAUGGCAUGGGCAAAGAACCUCACUUAUCUCCCCAGCACUACGAGCUGAAUGCAAUACAGCACGUGCUGGAUCAGACAAGAGUAUCGGUUUGCAGGCGAUAUUAAAUGGCAAUGCGGCCCAACAAGCUUGGGGGAAGUCGCUGCGCAGACUUAACCGCACCACGCAGGAGUGUCCCUAGUUUAUUUGAAGGCAUAGCACAAAACAAAGCCCAAACCUCGUCUCCAAAGGGAGGGAGGGAAAAAUUUUACAAGAAUAGUAUACUGAGCACUUAAACCUUGCUGAACACUGGAACCCAAGUGAACUCUGAACAGUUGUUCUAGGCUUUUAUAGCUAGACGCAUGUCUGCUGGCAUAGCCAGUAGCAAAGGCUGUACUACAAGACAGCUCAGCGUUGCAUGUGCAAACUCUUAGCCAUGAAUAGUGCUUUGAAAAUAUUGGCCAAUGCUGUGGCUCGUACUAGCCUGCUUAAGACAACAAGGCCAUAAAGUUCUACGCUAGAAUACAAUGCAUCUUAGAGUUCGCUGACCUUGGCAGCUUGACUACACAAUUGCUUUGCUGAAAAAGAGCCGCCAUGAAUGGGUUACUGAUAACUAGCGUCACGUUCCAUUAACUACAUUUUACUGGCGUGACAGUAAAAUUGCUUUAAUAUAGGGCCAGCAACAAUUAAUAAAGCUUACUAUGACCGUUAAUUCUUACAUACAUUUAUAGGUUAAUGUUGGUUUAAUUUAUACUGACCUUCAAGUUUUAUUGAAAUAAUUAGUGGAGGAGACAGCACGGCUGAAUCACAAAAAACAAAACCUGCAAUGUUCUGGUGCUAACAGCAGCAAUGUAAGUUAAAGUAAGAGUUAAAACAUUUAUGUUUUGGCAGGUCAACCUUCUCUCUGUUAUGUUUCUUUUUUAAUGCAUUGAAAGAUAUAAACAAAGGACCAGUCUUAGGGCAAAAUAUUUUAGUGUGAUUUUAUAAUUAUGUGUUGAUUAUUCAUGAAUUAGGGAUGGGAAAGAAAGCAAACUGAGAAAAAACUAACCUAUACACAUGUUAAUGUAUAAUCACAAAAAUUGUGGUAACAGUGAUUCUUUCCAGUGAGGGGUUUCAAACUGUUCUGAAAUAGACAGCUGACUGUGGAAAGGUAGGCAGCUGUGACAAAGCAUGGAGGGCUGCAAGGUCCCUGAAGAGUAGCGGGUGACAUACAAUCAAGUUAUAGCCGGCAGAACUCCAGCAGUCACCAGCUUGUUUUGAAACCAAUGGAUAUAAUAUUUUUUUUAAUUGCUCUUCUCCCAGUUCUUAACUGUUUUCGACAGUUAAGGUACAGGAUGUUUUUUUAAUAAUUAUUAUUUUUCUGGUAUAAAUUAUAAUUUAACUACUGUAGUGGUAAAACUGUACAGUUGACCUACCUAAUUAAAAUGUAAACAUUUAGUGAUGCAUUACCACUUUAGGAUAAUUCAAAGAAACUACAGUCUGGUGCUGCAACUGUGAGACAAGUCAUCGACACUGAAGGUUUGUUUAAAACUAUCAUCUAUAAUAAUUAAGCACCUUCAUGUAUAAGCUCCUCCAAACAGUUUUAAUGAAUAAAAAACCUCAAUACAGGAGCAGCAACAAUUAAUAAUGCUUAUUAUGACCAUUAAUUCUUAUAAACAUUUAUAGGUAAAUAUUUAAUGUUGGUUUAAUUUAUACUGACAAUCAAGUUUUAUUGAAAUAAUUAGUGGAGGAGACAGCAAAGCAGAAUCACAAAGAACAAAACCAAUGUGCUGGUGCUAAUAGCAGCAAUGUAAGUUGAAAUAAGAGUUAAAGCAUUUAUUUUUUUGGCAGGUUAACCUUUUUUCUACUAUUAUAUGUUUCUUGCAUAAAAAUAUAAUUUUCUGCAUUUAAAAUGGUUACUCAAGUUGUCACUACUAUUAUUUAGUUAAUAAAUUAGCAAUUAAUGAAUUCCGCUGUUGUAGGAUAUGAAGAAUUAAGCAGAUUGGCCUCGGUGGAUAACACCCUCCGAGAUCUGCUUAAUUUUUUAUAUCCUACAAAAGCCGAAUUCAUUAAUUGCUUUAUGAUUCAUUCAAAAUAAUUCUUAGUUUAAAAACAUAGCUAAAACAUGCUAAUAUACCUGCAUUGAUGCUAAGUUCAUCUUCGAUAGUGUACCUUUAGGUUUAAGUCCAGCUCCGCAAAUAUUCUCCAAAUAGCAGAUGUCACCCUUGGAGUUGUCUUCUUGCUGUUUUUGCAAUGUUUUUAGCUAUUUUUUCGCCUAGUUGCAGCUGUAGUUCUUACUCUUGAAACGAGUGAAGUGCCAUCUUUAUUUUCACAACCAAAACAACUCAGACUUGUUCCCAUGGUGCCUUAACCUGUAAGAACGCUGCAUUCAUUUCAACACUAAACACAAAUUUGGUCAUCAGAAACUGGUUAUGGUGAAUUAUGCGUGUGCCUUUAGCCAAUCAGAAUUAGGGAAAUAUUUUGAAUGAAUAAUAAUAUAAUUUAUACUCACUGAUGGUAAAACUAUGUACAGUUGACCUAACCAAAUUGAAAUAAAAAUAUUAACUUUUGCAUUACACUUUAGCAUAAUACAAAGCAACUAAAAUCUGGUGCUGCAACUAUGAGACACGUCAUUGACACUGAAGGUUUGUUUAAAACAAUCAUCUUCAAUAAUAAUUCUUACUUUUCCACGUCUCUGUUUCUUUUUGUGGCUGUUUCUAAAAGCUGGCUUGUCCAUAGGAAUAACCACUCUUAACUUAUAGCUACUGUUGGAUAUAAACUAAAUUAAUAGAAUUUAUAUUAAUAGUAAUUGCGGGCGACAAGAGGAGCUACGAUCCUAAUCUCCAAGUUGUAAUUAUGCAUGCGUUGCAUGUAUGUCCCUAGCAUUCACUUGGACUUCCACUAAGAAUGAAUGGAAUACACAGAAAUAUUUUAAUGAUGCGCAAAGAAAUGAUUUGUCUAUAUGAGUGGGUUUUGCAAAUAUCAGUUGAAACAAUUCAGAUCAGAACAGAUCUCAGCGCACGUAGACAAAAUAUGCCUGGUUGGUUGGAUGUAUUGAUCACUCUUUAGUCAACACCAAUACCAGUAGAGCACCAAUCAGAAGCUGUGUUUGUGGACAGACACAGGUUUUCAAAAUUGUCGGUUUGCGAACAAGAAUUUCCUUCUUUCCCCUCCUCACCCUUCAUUCCUCUUUUUUGGUUUUGUCCCAACUUUCUCGAUGAAACGCUUGCUACGCAGGCCAAAAUUAAGCCAUAAAUUUUAUCCAGCCAACAACAGCCAUUAUUUCUUAUUCUACCGGUAUAUACAUUUAGGUAAAAAAAAUGUUGGUUUAAUUUAUACUGACAUUUAAGUUUUAUUGAAAUAAUUAGUGGAGGAGACAGCACUGCAGAAUCACAAAGAAAAAACCCAAUGUGCUGGUGCUAACAGCGCUAGCAGCAAUGUAAGUUGAAAUAAGAGUUUAGGUGUCUUGACCCAGUAUUUUUAUAGCCCUCUCCAUCUUUGAAUCUCUUAUACUUAAACAAAUCGAUCUGUGUUGUAAAACGAUUACGACACAAUGGAUUACACUUACACUAAACUUAUUUUGGUAUUAUUUUUUGGGGCGAUCAGAAUAAAUGUCAUGCAGCAAUGAUGUCACAAUGUUUUAGCUCUAAAUCGAAUUUCAGCCAUGCAUGUUCGGCAUUUUCUUUUGAAAUGCUUUACGCUACGUCUUCUUUAGAUAAAUGUCUUCUGCUGUGCAAAGUUUCACAAAAAUCUGUAAGAGGAAUUUUGAGAUAUCUUGGAAUUUCUAUAAAAAAGGUAUAAAUUAUACAUGCACUGAAGACUGGACUUAAUGCAGACAAAUUUGCUACUCUUCGGUUUUCUCACUUAUUCAUUUUGCAAAUGACCCUUAAACACUCUAGACGCCGCUGAAAGCAAGUAAACUUGCACGAUUUCGAAAAACAUUGAAUCAGGGUAAAAUGCAAUGCAGAGCUCUUUUUGUAAUUUCUAAGGCUCCUUUAAUUCAUGAAAACAGCGAUUCAAACAAGAUUCGUUGAUAGAUUUUAUUAAAACUUUUUUUAGUACAUCAAUAAUAAAUUAUUAAUCAGUGUACUAUCAAAUCCCCGAAUUUCGUGGUGAUUAAAUAAUAGGUAAUUAAAUAAUAAUAGUUAAUAAACAAAAAGAAUAAUAAUUAUUACAAAAGCAAUAAAAUAAAUGGAAAUUUGAAUGAGUUUCUCUUGCUCUUUACAUUUGAGUUUAAUAACUUGUUUUUAACGGAUCUUGUUAUAUAGAAUGGAGAGCAAAUACAAGCAGCCACAAGAAAAAGACAGACUGUUGCUGUGACAACAGGUUUGAGUUAUAUUUUAACACCUUAAAUUUUAAAUUUCUAUUUAACUUCAAAUUCUCAACAUAUAUAAGGGAUUAUUAUUAUUAUCAAUAGAUUUGCCACAAAAAAAAGUCGGCCUCACUGUAAGUUUAAGCAAGCAGAGCAAAGUGCACGAGUGAGUGAUAGGUCUCCAGCUCAAUAUAAAAUUAGACAAAGGACUGUUAGUGACAUUUCGAGUUGCAUUACAUUAUACGCGUCUGGACAAUUAUCACGUGUUUAUGUCAUGUGACAUGGUUGAACUCGAACUCCCUUCUACAUGGAACUUGACUUGAGACUUGUCAAGAUUAAAUUAUCGCGAUAGUUUUGUUUUGUUAAGAGCUUACAGUCUUGGAGUAGAAGUCACAAGGUCUUUUUUGAAAAGUCUGAUAUUUAUCAUAUAGCAAUACACGUACUUCAUACAUCAUUGUUAUGGACAAUUAUUUUCUGUUUGGAUAGCUCAAAAAUGAAACAUUAAACCAAAAAAUAUACAGAAUUGUACAUUGUGUGUAUAGCACCAUAUUUUAUAGCUGUUGUUCAUCAAAUGAUCUUAAGGUGAAUCUGAAUUAGCAGUUCUGUAUUAAAUAAUUAUCAUUCAAUAUCGUUUAAAACCCUGUUGUAAGUAAACAGCAGGUCAAAAAGGUUCUAUAACCCUAAAAAAAAAGAGUCUUGCACUCCAGGAUUAAUCAGUCAAAAAUUAAGCUACGAUAUAAAUUUGGUUACUUUAAUACAACACGUAAUGUUAGGUUACUGCGAAAAAAGAUGGCAAAAUAAUAUCUAUAAAAACUAUACUAUAGGUAGUAAAGUACAGGAAAUAUUAGGAGUGGAUUGUUCUUUAAUUAUUCAAAAAUCUAAUACUAACUGAUGGACUUUGUUCAUUUAUUUUAUUUUCUGUUCUGUGCAGUGAUGAGGUCAUCAAACCAGCAUGAAAAGACCAGCAGUGCCCAUGAUACUCAUGUAAGUUUAAAAAAUAAAUAAAUUUCAUUUGUCCAUACAAGGUUAUAAUAACAUAACAUUAUAAGGCUGCAAGGGAAAAACUCAAAUUUAAAAUGUGUAACUAUAUACUCUGGACCUAAAGUCACCACCAAUGAAAUAUCUAAACUGCUCAGACAAUUACCCGACUUAAGGACGGCGCCCACUAAUGGGAAGUUUUUUUUCCCAGGUAUGACUAUCUGAGACAAGUAGAUCAUAUCAGGGGCUAUUGAAAUCCAAAAAGAAAACUGGGGGUAACCUCGCAUUUUUCAGAGAUAACUGAGCUUCAAUAUGGAGAAAAACGCUGAAUAGGCAUUUUUUAGAAAAAUGAUAAAAAGUUAUUUUGUCCCAAAAUUUCAGAGUGUACACGUGAACUGGCACAAAUGCAAUGAUAAUUGUAACAAGGUUUCAAAAUAAGCAACAAAUGAUAACAUAACAACUGCUCUUUAUACGUCCUUUUUUUAAACACCAGGACAACUAGGAAGUUAUCAGCAGUUACCCCUCUCCACGCAUUUGCCUUAAAAAUGGUGUAAAUGACAUUUUCCCCGAACCAAAAAUUGAUCGUUUGCUGAGUAGGCUUAUUACUUUCAUUUGGGAAGAUAAAAAGUAGGGGUUACCACGCAUUUUUAGAACUUAAAUUGGUUGGUUUCGACCUUAACUUAAUCGCUUUGGGGGUUAUUUACAAUUUUUCCCAUUCCCUCCCUGGUCAGUUUUACUAUUGCUUCACUCAACGCGGAGUACUCUGGGAUAUCCAAAAUGGCUAACAGUCACAGAGAACAAAAACCCACCGAGGAGAGCAAAACCAGAAAGUAAAGCACGACAUUUCAUGGACUCUAAGGAAAACACUAUUUCAUUCAACUGGAGCUUGUCCGUCUCAAAAAUUUAACAAACAUUUUUGGAGAAGAGCAAUCUUGAAGGUAUUAAAGAUUACUUCCAGUGCAUAUAGAGUAGUAUGGCGAGCUCAAGAGCCAAGGCUGGCGCUGUAAACAAACUACUAUACUGUAUACGUAGUGGAAAAUAGUCAACAGGGACUCUUAGACAGGUACCUCUUCAAUCGUUUGCUUACCUGUAUAUGUCAUCAAGAUUUUUUGAACUGUAGAUAUAAUAUGGAUUGUAAACCUUCUAUUGUUUUUUAUCAUUUUACCGGGUACCUCGAUCAAAGAUGUUAUUAAACUUGCAUACGUUCAAUGAGCUUAUAUAUCUGUGGUUUGCACUAUCUCUUUCGGGUUUGCCACAAGUGUCAUAUGACUUAAAUGAUUUGCAUAGACUCAAGUUCGAUACAUGAGCUCUCUUUUAAAAAAGCUGAAUACUGCGAAAAUAGUUGUACCAAAUGUGUUUAUGUACCCUCAUAUAUAAACUGGGCUAAGGAUCAUUUUAUAUGUUAUUUUCGUUUUGAUUUUUUUUACUGUAGCACGUCAUCAGUUCUGUGUCAUGAUCAUUCACUAUUUUUCGUUCCUAAAUGUUAAUUUUAAACUUAACAACUGUGUCUGUUAAACCUACAUUUGUAAGAAAGUCUUAGAAUGGAAAUAUUUUAUUUUACCUUCCAUCUUUAGUUUGUAAACAGCCAAAUGGCAGCCAUGUCUAAAUGUCCAGAUUAUGCAUGUGUGGCAUGAAAUUGAACCUUAAGAAAUACUAUCUACACGAUAAGCUGCCAAUGAGUCAAUAAUUUCAAUGCUUAGUAAUGCCAAAAUGCUUAAAUAACAAUGAUAAUAGUAAAAAGCAAAACAAUUUUUUACGAUUUUUUCCACGAUGAAAGCUUUUCCUUUGCGGUAUGCAACUAUUUGUGAAGCUGUGAUCUAAGCGAUCCAAGCAAUCUUGUUUUUUUCUUGUUUGUUCAACAAAUAAAAGCCUCAGACUCUCAAUAAAAGGGACAUCUGUAUGUACUUGAACGCUUUAACUCUGUGUUCUGGUGACCAGAAAAUCUUACAAAAUUAAAGAAACAAUUGGGAAAGUGUUUAUAGCCGUUUAGCUGAUAAAAUGCGAAGGAUGCAAGUGAAAGGUAAGCUUGCAGUUUCUCGAUUAAGCGGAGGACUUGGAGCUAUUUUCCUUCUGAUUUACUGAUCCUUACCUAUUAAUACCAAAGCUCCAAACCUAACAUCUUGAAGCCAUAACUUUUGAUGUUUAAGAAUUGACUUUUGUUUGACUAUAUGAAAUGUUCAGUCAGAUUGAUCAUACAGCAGAAAUAGCAACAUGCGCAUACUUCUUCGGUUUUCAAAGAACUGACAAGGUAAAUAGAAAUUAUUUUUCACCUGUUAAAAACAAUGCAUCUUUUCCACAAGAAAUAACUAGAACCUCCCAGACUUACAGGAGACAAAACCAGUCCGUGUGUCCUGCAUGUUGCGCAUUUAAUUUCUUUCUUGGAAUGCGCAGAAAAUGUGCGCAGUAACAAUAAUAGUGCAUGGGCACCGUCCUUAAAUCAUGAGCAGUCAAAAAGAAAAAUUUAAGUACCAUAUUAAUUUACUGUUAAUGUUACUUGUUCAGAAAUCUUUGUAGUUAUCACGUGCACAUCAGUUUUAUCCAUAAGUAUUGUCUUGAACAGCAUUUAUAUCUGCUUAUUUUUUAGUUUGAGAAAUUCUUAACUUGAAUUUUGCCAUUGCCCCAUGAGUGUGUUCCAUUGAUUAAGGAAGUCACUUGUGUUGGAUCAAUAGCACAUCACAAGGACCCAACAAAUCCACUUUGGGAAAGGAUUCACUGAUUCAUUUGAAUGUAUUAUGAUCCAAAGUAAUCUUCUGGAUCAUCACAUUUAGACAUGAGUUAAGAAUCACAGAAAACCCUAAAUAUUUUUUGAAAUGCCACCUAUACUGGGCCACAUAAAUAAUAAAAAACUACCUAUUUUUCGUACCAGGAUGAGAUGCAUCUGCAGUCUCUUAAAGCAUCAAAACGAAAUACUAUGAUGGAUAGAGGUUUGAGUACUCAUAUGACAGUUUCAUUAAAUGAAAUUAAUUUUAGGCUAAAAGUUAAACCAGCUGGAGAUAUUCAUUGCAGUUCUUUUUUUUGAAGAUACAUGCACAGGACAUUAUUUGAACUAUUGUAUAGCAUCACUGCCUGCAGCCUUACUAUGAAAUUUGUCCUUAUCGAUAAUAAACAAGUUACAAAAGCUAUGUCCUGUUAAGCUAAGAACAUAACUAAUGGCUUAGGUUUUUCACCAUAUACAUAAGUAUAAUACAGGGACACUGUUUCCUGUUCUCUCCAGUGUUCAUAUGUUUGCCUGCUAGACAUCUUCUCACCAGCUAGACCUUCUCGGUCAAUGCAUUUUGGUGAUGGUAUUCCAGGGGCAGAUCCAGCAGUGGGGGGGGGACGGAUUGGGUGGCUAGCCAACCAAAAUAUACAUGAAAAACAUACAAAAAUAAGUGGGUCCCAAAGAAAACGCGAAAAGUACCAGUGACAAUAUCUUUCCUUGACAUAAUCUGCUCACGAAAAGAGGGCCCUUAAUAAGCUCUGCGCUCUUAUUCCUCUAAGUCUAAAGAGGCCACACUAGAGCUCAGGUGCUGAUCAUGCACACCGCUUUGAAACCUUCUAUGAAAAUCGGUCCGAUUAUUCAUAAAUAAAUAUGCAUGCCCCCAGAACCCCUGGAAGCUUGCGCCUUUGGCACUCAUUUAGGAUAUUUAUUACUAAUGCCUGGAACUUGCUCAAUUACUGCAUCAGAAGUAUACAAUGUAGUGAGGACAUCUAAUAUGAGACUUUGCAAUGUUACAGUCUCCAAUUCAUCCUUCCUAAACCGCCAUUGUUUUGGGACAAACGUAGGACAACUUGAAAUAAAUCAAUGUAUAGUUUGGUGGCCGAUUGGUAUCGGAGCCAUCCCCCAUUAAAAAAUCCCUGAUCCGCCUCUGUAUCCCAGAUUAACGGUUGGACAAUCUCGAAGUACGCUUACAUGAUAAGCUUUUAUUUUUAACAAUUAAGCAAUAAUAAGGCCCUUCAUUCCCCUUCCAAGACCAUUUAGAAGCCAAAUUUCAGGAGUUAAUUGCUUACUUUACAAUAGAAAUGUGACUGUAAAAUGCAAAAGAGUGAGGUUUCCAUGGUGGAUAAGGCCUUGAUAAAGAAAAUGAUGUAUUUUCAAGCUUUGUCUUAUAUGAAAUAACAUUAGAGUUUUUUAAACAUUACUAACCAGACAUUAAUUAGACUUUUACUUGUUUAUCAUUUAUAUUUAGUAUUUGGAAAAAAAAGGCAAAAACAAAGUUAUGGAGAUGACAGUGAUGUAUCAAGUGACUAUGAGGAUGUAAGUUUAAUUGUUUUGUCAUAG